CCUUUCUCGGGUAGCGCCAGGGACCCAGCAGGGUACAGUUUCACUGAGGCUCGAUUAUAAUGUAAAAAAAUAAGAUCCCUUCUUUGUCCAUUGAUCUGAAUCGGCCUCAUUGAUUUCCUCAUUGUGAUCAGCCUAUGCUUUGGAUGGUGGAGUCUUCAUUGAAACGGAUCACAGCGGCAUACUCUCUCUGCCCUGCUGCCACACUUCUCUGAGGAGCUGAAACCUGCAGAAUAACACCGCUACAGUAUGAGACGAAUAACGGGAAAAGCCAAGGAUGAAACUUUGAUCGAGCUGCAGAGCACGACAGAUUCACAGACCGGAGAUGGUAUUGCAGUGUUGACCGCAUUCAGGAUAAACCUGCACUCAGAUGAAAACGGUGGCAAUGGUGUCAGUUCAUUAUCUGAAACAGCGACACUGCCGGGACAUACAGAGACCGACAAGCUACAACCAAACAAAGACACGGUGUUCUUCAGGGACGGAGUUCGGAGGAUAGACUUUGUGUUGUCUUACGUAGACGACAAAGAUGGAGAAAAGAAACAGGAGAGGAGGAGGGAGUUUGAGGCCAACCUUGAGAAAGCAGGACUGGAGCUGGAAACAGAGGACAAAUCAGACUCCAAAGAUCAAAAGACAUAUUUCUUGAAGAUCCAUGCUCCAUGGGAUGUUCUGGCCACUUAUGCUGAUGUCUUAAAGAUCAAAGUCCCUUUCAAGUUGAGCGAUAUCCCCCACGGUCAGGAUGUCCCGCUGGAUUGGCUCUCGCAUCCGUUCCGCCUGCCAGAGCACAUCAUGCGACCACAACCUGACUACUUUACACACCCCUUCGACAAGGGCAAGACUGACUUCUUUCUCAUCACUGACAAGGAUACUUUCUUCCCGCCUUCCACAAGAAACAGAAUCGUGUUCUACAUUCUGGCUCGCUGCCCGUACUACAAAGAGGGUCGGAAAGAAAAAGACAAGACGGGAAUCAAGCGACUGCUCAGCAAUGGGACGUAUACAGCAGCCUUUCCUCUACAUGAUUGUCGAUACUGGAAAAGGGCACGAAAUGCUGAGUGUGAGAGUGAGCGCUACAACUUGUACAAACACUGGGCCAGGUUUCUCUGCUUCUACAAAGAGCAGCCUCUUAACCUCAUCAGGAAGUACUACGGGGAGAAGAUUGGGAUCUACUUUGCCUGGCUGGGCUUCUACACAGAGAUGCUGUUCUUUGCAGCCGUCAUGGGCGUUAUAUGUUUCACCUAUGGGGUGCUCAGUUAUGACGACAAUGUGUCAAGCAAAGAGAUAUGUAACGCCACUAUUGGAGGCAGUAUUGUGAUGUGUCCACUCUGUGAUAGGAAGUGCCCUUUCUGGAAGCUCAACUCUACGUGUCUCUCAUCCUGGCAAUCCCAUCUGUUUGAUAAUGAGGGGACGGUGUUCUUUGCCAUAUUUAUGGGGAUUUGGGUGACUCUGUUUUUGGAGUUCUGGAAACGGCGCCAAGCCCGGCUGGAGUACGAGUGGGACUUGGUUGACUUUGAAGAGGAACAGCAGCAGCUUCAAAUCCGGCCUGAGUUUGAGAUCCGAUGCACUAACAGGAGACUCAACAAGAUCACUCAGGAAAUGGAGCCAUAUCUCCCCGUCACCAGCAAGUGUGCUCGCUUCUGCCUCUCGAGUGCCACUGUAAUAUUCUGGAUUUCUCUGAUAGUGGCCUGUAUCAUCGGGGUCAUAGCGUACAGGCUGGCUGUGUACGCUGCCUUUGCGAGUAUCAUUAAAGACCCUAUGAGGAAGAUCCAAGUGGUGGGCAGGUUCAUCACUCCACAGCUAGCGACUUCUGUCACUGCCUCCUGCAUCAACUUUGUCAUCAUCAUGAUCCUCAACUUCUUCUAUGAGAGGGUGGCUGUUGGGAUCACUGAUUUGGAAAUCCCAAAGACUCACCUGGAGUACGAGAACAGGUUGACCAUGAAGAUGUUCCUCUUUCAGUUUGUCAACUACUACUCGUCAUGCUUCUAUGUGGCCUUUUUCAAAGGCAAAUUUGUGGGUUUUCCUGGCGAGUACUCGUACAUGUUCGGCAACUCGACCACACUGAGGAAUGAGGAGUGUGACCCUGGAGGCUGUCUGAUUGAGCUGACCACACAGCUGGUGAUUGUUAUGGCAGGAAAACAACUCUGGGGGAACAUUCAGGAAGCUCUGCUGCCGUUGAUGCGUAACUGGUGGAACAGCAGAAAAGGACGGCACAAUCCUGAGAACCAUUACAGCCGCUGGGAGCAGGACCACAUCCUGCUGAACUUCAGCCAGCUGGGAUUGUUUUAUGAGUACCUGGAGAUGGUGGUCCAGUUUGGUUUCAUCACUUUGUUUGUGGCCUCUUUCCCCUUGGCUCCGCUCCUGGCUCUGUGCAAUAACAUCUUGGAGAUUAGGGUGGAUGCCUGGAAGUUCACCACCCAGUUCAGGCGGCCGGUGGCAUCCAAAGCCCGAAAUAUCGGAGCGUGGCAGGAAAUCCUAAAUGCAGUGGCCAUUUUGUCUGUUGUUACCAACGCUUUCAUAAUGGCGUUCACCUCAGACAUGAUCCCCCGGAUGGUCUUCCUGUAUGCCUACGGUGAAGAUUCCAGCAUGAGAGGCUACGUUAACAACAGCCUGUCAGUAUACAAGAUCUCUCAGAUACCUAAGCACAACAUGCCAGAGGAAGGAGACAGCUGGUUUGAUAACUCGACCGCCACCUGCAGAUACCGUGACUACCGUUACCCUCCAGGCCAUGAGAAGGAGUACACUCACACCAUGCAGUUCUGGCACAUCCUGGCAGCCAAAAUGGCCUUCAUUAUCAUCAUGGAACAUGUAGUGUUUGUGGUGAAGUUCUUCGUGGCGUGGAUGAUCCCGGACGUCCCAUCAGAUGUGAAGGCUCGGAUUAAACGAGAACGCUACCUGAUUCAGGAGUACCUUCAUAACUACGAGGUGGAGAGGCUAAAACUCCAGCUGAGUGCCAGUUUCAUCACAGAGCCGCAGUCGGAAAUGUCCUCGAUGACAGACAGGCAUGAAGUGCUGUCUGAGUGCCUGUAGCCUCCUGUGUUAUACCUCCCAGCUAACCUAACCAAGAAGGGACGUGUCGGGGAGUUUUCUUCUCACUCAGAACAUCCAUAUACAAGGGCUUCUGUCUUUGGGAGGAACAAACGCCAUCAUCUUUUCUUGCUGAAUGGACUCCUAUAUUAGGAUCUGUAUAGAGACACUCAAAUGCAACAUUUCACUUUGCUUAAAGGAGCUCUAUAUGACAUUCAGAGCAUUAAUAUAGCAACAGGUAUUUGCUUUGUAAAGAUACAGUGGAAUAUAUAUGUUGAGAGAGUCUAGACGGUGGUGGUGCUGAGAUGAAGAGGGUGCUGAAGAGCUGGAUGUGAUGGGGAGUGGACUUUUGAUGAGCUCACUGGAUAUGAUGAGUGGAGGUGGAUGUGGUGAAGGAGGGCACGACGAUUUGCUAUGUAAAGACACAGUGGAGUAAUGGCGUCCUGAGCAUAGAGUGAAGUCACACUCCCUCUGUGUGUGUUGUAACUUGAGCUUCUCUGUUCUUUGUUGUGGUAGCUGGGCCAGCCACAUGUGCACGUCGUUAGUCCCUGUGUGUGUAUCCCACUGGUUAGCUAAUGGCUGCCAUUCUGAAAUGCGCUUAUACGGUGGUUACUGUAGAAUGGCGUCGUCACAGAAGCAUUUCUUAACAUUAACACAGUAAGUUCUGUCAGCACUGUUGCAGUUGCUAGCACUCUUAGCACUGUUAGCACCUUUAGCUGCUAGCCGCCGGCUCAACCACCUCCAUGUUGAGAACCGUGUGCAGACAAUCCAGGCUCAGACUCAAUCAGAAGAGACUAAUUCUGAGUAAAACAUGUGCACAAAAACAUGAGAAAUGCAAAUAGCCUUUGGCGAUUCGACACCAUCUUGAUGUCAUAUAUCUGCUUUGGGAGGGUGUUGAAGCUGUAAUAGCACUGGGAAUCCCACCUAUAGAGUCUAGACGCUGGUGGUGGUGAGACAAAGAGGGUGUUCAAGAUCUGGAUGUGAUGAGGAGUGGACUUCUGAUGAGCUCUACUUGUGCACUGGAUAUGAUGAUUGCAGGUGGAUGUGAUGAAGGAGGGCGUGAUGAUUCUGGCUAAAACGACAGCUGACAGCAGCAGAGAUGAGAACAGAUUUGAAGUUCAUCAGCAGCAACAUGAUCAGCUGAUUAUGUCAAAAUUUGAUUGGUUUAACUGGAAAGGCGAACGCCCAUAAUCAGCUGAUUGGAAGAAGCAAAGGAAUAAGACAGUCUUAGUGACUGAAGUUAGAUUGAGCUUCAUAUGUGCUCUGAAUGUCGCAUACAGCACUUUUAAAAUCAGCAUCUUGAGUGGAUGAAAGGUUCCUGUGCCAUAGUUGGAAAAGAUUGUAACUGCAGCUCAUAUCAUUCCCCAUGUAAUGUCUUCAACGUCUCCAUCUGUCAUGACUGAAAAUAAUCUCUGUACAUGCUUUUAGUUCAAGAUUGUGAAGUUGAAUAUGUGACAUUAGGUGUAAUUAUGAUGAUAUUAUUAAUCAGAUUUUCUGCAUGUGAUUCUUCUGAUGGGAACAUGAAGGACUCAGCUGUUAAGGGAUAUAUCGUAUACAUCACAUAUCCUCUAUCUGUCAUUUAACUAUGAAUGUAGACUUAAUGGUAGCUACAUAAUGCUGAGUGUCACUGAUCUGUAGCUGGGCUAUGAGAUUGUCAGCUGUGUUAUGUGAGUGUGUCGUGUUUAGGGAAAGGCUCUUUAAAAAACUGUGCAUUCGAAAAACCAAGUACCUCCAUCAUACUGCGGUCGUACUGUAACAAUCACAAGUGUGUGUAUCAUUCCACCCUGAGCUGGUAAUGUGGUGAGACAGCAGCUGCAGGCUCAUGUCUCGUCUUCCAAGUGUAUUUCCAACUUGCUGCGGGACCAAUUAUGGGAUUUCAAGAGGAAAGACUACACGAGGAAAAUCUCCUGACAGAUUUUCUGUUUUAACACAAUCAGUUUAGGGCGUUCACGUGUCGACUGUACUCCUUCUUGUGUCGCACGGGGUAAUAAAUGGGCUAUAUUUGUGUUUUCAGAUUUCACAUUAUCAGUGUCUCGGCAUAAACAAGUGUAACCUUCAUUUCAGAGAUAAACAGAGAGAAGAACUGCUUGUACCCUGGUGACGUGAGAGAGGAUUUCAGUGAAGAGAAAUGACUUUUAUUAACCGCUUCAUAGCUGGUUACAAAGUGUUGCUGUAGAUAUAAAGAAUAUAUCAUCUAUUUGAAAGGGUUGUAUUGCAAAUAAUUUAUUGAGCUGCUUCUGCUCUGUAGCCUGAAGCUUUUGUAUUUAGAGUGACUUCAUAAUCCGCUUUUAGAGAUCUGUCUUACUACUCGCAACACCUGAUUUCUUUUUAUGUACUUUUCAUCACCUCAUGAUCAAGCCAUGUUAGUUCAGACAGCUCUUCAAGUACAUUUUAGUCCAAUAAUGACUUUAUCAAGGGACCAGACAAGUAAAAACUCCUGAGAUAAUAUUUGUUACAGUAGAUAAGUCAUUUAUAAAAUACAGUACAGAUUUUAUAUCUUAAGCUUAACAUGCUUUAAGGGUUUUUCUGUGUUUGUAUUGACACCUCUUUGUAAUUAAAUGAUGCAGUUGUGAUUCUGGCUGUCAGCAAAUUAUCUGACAGUCAAAAAUGAACCAUCUCAGGAUUAAGCGUGCUGACGUAUGUUGAGCUUCACGUGUUGAUACAGUAUGCAGAUGUGUGCAGAGCGUGACCCUGCGACGCGCAUGAUGUACUUCCCGACUAACAAAUGCCUUAAACCUCUGUGUUUACUUGUUUUUGUAUGGUUUUGUAAUGACCGAAUUUCCUAUCUGAAUUCCAAGUCUGUUUCGUAUCAUUUGUUGCUGCUGCUACUGCUAGUCAUCGCAAAGUAGCUGGUUUGUGCAUGAAUUGUUGUAAAUAUGUUGUCAGCUAUGUUCUAAGUUUACUGUAGCCUAUUGUACAGAAAUGCUGAGCUGUUCAUGUUCACAAUAAACAAAGAAAUAACCAGUUAUAA